GCUAUGGAAUCAACUUUUCAUCCUCCAAUUCGCAAUUCAUUUUUCACACUUCCCCAUCACCAAAGAGUCUCCUUCAAACCUGCUACAUUCCUCAAAAAACAUUCCAAUCUCCAUAUAUACAACAUGACAACCCACCGCGCAGUAGCAACCGUGGGCAUCAAAGCACCUCUCGAUAUCAUAUCAGUACCUACUAUCACACCUCAAGCAGACCAAGUCCGCAUCCGUGUCCAAUGGACUGCAUCUACGCCUCUCGACUUACAUCAAAACGACGGCGGACUCCUUGUUAAACAUCCACAGGUCCUAGGAGACGGUAUCGCUGGUACGGUUGUGGAAGUUGGGCCAGAUGUGAAGAGGUUAAAAGUUGGGGAGAAGGUGUUUGGCUUUGGCUGGCGAAAGAAUGAGGAGAAGGCACACCAGGAGUUUGUUACUAUUGAAGAGUGGUUGGUUGGUGUGCUACCUGAAGGAUUCACGCUUCAGCAAGCGGUGACCUUGCCGAACAACUUCGUCACUGUUUUCCAUGCCGUAACAGCUGAUUUAGGUCUUGAACUCCCGUGGCCAAAACCGAAUAGUUUCGCACCAAAUCAGAAAGACGAAGUGAUUCUCGUCUGGGGCGGUGCAUCGUCGGUCGGCCAGUUCGCAAUCCAGAUUUUGGCGUACUACGGGUACGCCAACAUCUUUACCACGGCGUCGGAACGCCACCACGAGAAGUUGCGCGCAAUGGGGGCCAAGCAUAUUUUCGACUACAACGACGCUGAUGUUAUUGCUUCUAUUUCGCAGACGGCACAGGGCAGUGUUCCGUUGGUUGUGGACUGUAUAGGGAGUUUGAAGGGGAGUCUUACGCCGCUUGCGAAGAUUGCGACGAAAGGCUCCAAAGUAGCGGUUCUGUUGCCCAUCAUUGUGAAGGAUUCCAGUGAGUCGGAAGAUCCGGAGUAUGCGAUAGAUGUGGAGACGAUUGUAGAUUGGGAAGAAGGCGUCAUCGCCAAGGGCGUAAGAACACAUUAUUACCUCGAGAAUGAAUUCUUCAAAAAUCAUCUACAGGCCGAUAUCAUGCCGGCUAUGUUAGAACAAGGGAUUGUCAAGCCAAAUGCGCAGAAAAUCAUCGAGGGGGAUACGUUGCUUGAGAGGGCGCAAAAAGCGAUGGAUGCGUUGAGGAGAAAAGAGGCGAGCAUGGAGAGAUUGGUAUGGAGGGUAUCGGAGAUAUGA